AAUAAAAAUGAUCGCUUUGUUUACGUCACACCUAUUUUCAAUGAGUCAAAAUUGGACCUUUAACUCUUCACCAACUAAGUAAGGUUCAUGGCUCUUUAUAUACUCAUCACCAAUCAUCCUUCUCUAUGAUAGUAAACACCAAAUUAAAAAGUAGGCCGAAGUGGAAACGCAGCUAAAGCAAUGAGUAGCAGCAACGAGGGAACGUCGGAGUCUGACAAUGAGUUGCAGAAACUUCCAAUUCCUCAACCGCCGCACCGCAAUCAGUAGAGCUCCGGCGAACUGGAUGGAGGAGAGAGCAGAGUUUCGACAGAAAGACAAUGCAGAGAGGGAAAGAGCUUAUGAUGCAGAGAAUGCUUGGAAUUGUGUGUCCUAAUGCAGUGGUAUGGCUAGCCUAUUCGCAUACGAGCAUGUGGCAGGCGUGUCCCUUUCGCAUGUGGAGCGUGUGGAUUUCUCACGUGGCAGCCGUGACUGUGCCUCGCAUGUGGGCUCAACUUUGGACCCUCUGAAUUUGAUCCAAAUGCAUCCACCCAUCAAAUACCUAGAAGCAGUAUCUACUAUACGUGUAUUUCGAUGGUAAAGCUGCAAAAGAAAACAGUUGAAGAAGAAAUUCUUUAACAAAGAGAUUGGUUGCGACGUUCAAAACUAUUUCAGUGCGGCGAACUUGCUAGUUUACUACGACUAUCUCCUAUGUCAUUCUGAUGAUGUUUACGUAGAUGACUGGGCGUGGGCGCUAGUCGAGGACACUGAGGCAUGGAACCGGUUUCCAUGGGGCGCGUACACUUAUGGUGUAUUGUGUCACUACAUAGAGAGACCAUAUAUGAAGAGGGUAACUGCAAGGUACCAUUUUUAUGGUCCAGUUUGGGUUUUCCAGAUUUGGUCAUAUGAGGCCAUUCCGGCACUAGGCAAGAACUGUGGAGUUCAAGACAGAAAAGAUAUAUUGCCUCGGUGUUUAAGGUGGAGCUCAAAGCUAGGCAAAAGAAUCAAUUAUAAGUACUUCUUCGACGAUCCGAAGUUGAAAAUAUCUCCCUUGGCACCACGGAUGAAGAGCUGGUAAUGCCUUAUAUGAAAUUCAUUGACAACGAUCUUGACGAGAUGUUUAAUGUGAGAUACAAGCCUCCUCCACGAGGUUCUAGGUAUAAGAAGUGGAAGACAAUUGCAGGGGCAGAGUCGUUGAAGCGUCGUCGAUGGGAGAGAACUGUAUCCAGUGAUACGGAUGAGACAGGGCACUCUGACUCUGAGCACGGGGAGCAAGAGAGAAGUGAAGCAAAUGAUCAUGCCGGACACUCAGGGCAGCCAAACACUCAGGGUGAAGAUAUAGAGAGCCGAAUGAGGACAGUUUUGUUUGAUGAUUCUCCUACUGGCGUUCUUGCUCUACUCGUUCAGAAGAUUGGUGACUGGUUUGAACAUAGGCAGCAUGAGCAGUCUGCUCUACUUGUUCAGAAGAUCGAUGAUCGGAUUAAUCAAUGGUUUGAACGUAGACAGCAUGAGCAGUCCGCUCUACUUGAUCAAAAGAUCGAUGAUCGGAUCAAUCAAUGGUUUGAACGUAGGCAGCAUGAGCAGUCCACUUCCCACCACUCUGCACGCGAUGAACUCCACAUCCCUACUGAAACUAAGUUGGAUGCUGACUCGGCUGAUCGGAAGGGGCGUGACGAAGUCCACAUCCCUGCUGAAACUAAGCUGGAUGCUGGCUCGACUGAUUGGAGGGGGCGUGACGAAGUCCACAUCCGUGCUGAAACUAAGUUGGGUUUUUAAUUUUUAUGAAGACCGUGAGUACUUAGAUUCUUGCAUUGCUAAGUUGCAUGCUCUCAAAUAAAUCGGUGGAAAAUAAAGAAUUUUACGACUUUUAUUCGCUUUUUUGAUUUGAUUCAAUCAAAAUUUUCAAAUUUUAAA